AUGGAGUGGCGGCGUCUUGUUCCCCCGGGUGGGCUCCGUGUGGUUCCUGUUUCUUGCGGGUUGCGAGUCGCCCCUGCGGGUGGAAGGAAGAGCCGUGUCGUGUUUGACAGCUCCUGCCCAUCGAACCCCGAUCGAUGGCGCUCUCCUGCUGCUCAGGGAGCCCUUAUGCUUCCCCGGCUAGAUGCGGGCUGGCUGAACCACCUUCAUGGCGGUUAUUUCUCCGCUACCUUCUUUCUUGCUUCUUUCCGCAGAAAAUUCUCGCUAGCUCCAAGUCCAGUUGUGGUUUUGCCCCCCCGCGCGGCUCUUCAGCCCUGUAAUAAAUAUAAGAAGAGUGCAAGUCUGCUCAGUUGUUUAAAUUAACUUCAGGACUUGCAGUUUGUUUCCUGGCUGAGGUUUCUGUGGCUUCUUUCUACUGCACAUGAAGGGAAUUCAACAGUGGGAGUUGCUUAUGUGAGGCUACCUUAGACUGAGUCAGACCAACAGUCCAUCUAGCCCAAUAUUAUCUAAACUGGCAGGCAAUACUCUCCAGAGUGUCAGGCAGAGGGUUUUUCCUAUUAUCUCUUACCUGAUCCUUUAAAUAGAGAUUGAACCUGGGAUUUUCAUGCAAUGUGUGUAUUAUUGCAGCACAGACCUAUUUCAGCUGUUCAGUUUCAGCUGCUUGCAGCUGUUAAACUUCUGUGACACGUUCCACUUUAAAAAUAUGUGAUGCUUCUCUCAGGAAGGAGGCUGGCAGUCUUUUAUAAAUAGCUAUGUAUUUUGUAUGUAAUAAGGUGUGAAAUGGGUGAGUUUCGGUUAGUAAUGAUGGACCCAUGCAGCUCCCUGUAUAUGCUUUUACAAAUUUCUGGUGGGAUGUUGCCAAGUGCAGAUGUUGGGUAAGGUGUCUGAAUCCAUUCUGAUUUCUAGGUAGAUUUCCAAGUAGUUUCCUGAUCAUGUGGUUGAAAUGAAGUACCUUGAAUUAUAUUAGAAGCUUUUAUUUUUCCCUCUGUGCUUUCUCUCCCAUGUUGUCCUUCUGCCAAUUUUUACAUUCUGUACAGGUCCAGUAUAUUGGUGGCACUAUAUAAAUGUUUAGCAGUAGUACAAGGACUACACUAUAGGUCCUCUUUAUCUCCUCCUUGACAAAUUCCUUGGAGAAGUCUGGAAGAUUUACAGUUGCCAAGGGAGUAUCAUUGAUGGCAGAAAUGGAGAUUGAUCAAGACCUAGCCAAACGACUCUUUUUUGAGGGCGCCACAGUUAUAAUUUUGAAUGUCCCAGAAGGAACAGAGUUUGGCAUUGACUACAACACUUGGCAGGUAGGGCCCAGGUUCCGAGGAGUUAAGAUGAUUCCUCCAGGGAUUCAUUUCCUUCACUACAGUUCAGUUGAUAAGAACAAUAGCAAAGAAAGUGGUCCUCGUACUGGCUUUUUCUUGAGCUUACAGCAGCGAGAUUUACGAGUGUUGCAUUGGGACAGAGCCAAAGAAGAGGUGGACCUCACCCCUGCAUCUGAAGAUGAGAUUGAAGCCAUGCGGGCCAACCUGCAGGAAAUGGACAAAUUUCUGGGCCCUUACCCCUAUGGCACUCUUAAAAAAUGGAUCUCUCUCACUAACUUCAUUAAUGAAUUGCUGAUGCAAAAGUUGCAACCAGAAAGUGGACAGAUAUGUGCCUUUUCGGAGGUGCUGCCUGUUUUGCCUGGGAGGUACACGAAAGAUCGAGUUGAACAGAAUUUGCCUCGCUAUGACACAGAGUGCAAAAGCUAUGCAGAAGGUCUGGCCCGGCUACCCAAAAUGCAGCUGAAAGCUGGCACUGAGAUCAGGUUCACAGAAAUACCGAAGCAAAUGUACCCUGAAGGUGCUACACCCGAGGAAGUUACCAGGCACAGUAUGGACCUCAGCUAUGCCCUGGAGACUGUGAUCAAUAAGCAGUAUGCCAGCAAUCCCCAGGAUGUGCUUGGGGAGUUGCAGUUUGCCUUCAUCUGCUUCCUUAUUGGUAAUGUGUACGAUGCCUUUGAGCACUGGAAAAAAUUCCUGAAUCUCUUAUGCCGGUCAGAAGAUGCCAUAGUGAAGCAUCAAGCCCUGUUCAGCAACCUCAUUUCUGUCCUGUACCAUCAGCUCAGUGAAAUCCCUUCUGAUUUCUUUGUGGACAUAGUCUCCCAGGACAACUUUUUAACCAACACUUUGCAGGUGUUCUUUUCCUACACCUGCAGCCCAACUGUCGACAGGAUCCUGAGAAAAAAGGCAGAACGAUUUAAAGCCCACCUAACAAAGAAGUUCAAGUGGGACUUUGAGGCUGAGCCAGAGGACUGUGCACCAGUAGUAGUUGAGAUACCAGAAGGGGCGCUUAUGGGCUGAAUGAGGAUCUCCCUCUUCCUGUUUUAUUUUUAAGCUGCCUCUUGUAUUCUUGAGCCUUCCUUAAUUCUGCAUUCAACCAUGCAACACAUACUUCUUGUUCUACAUCACUGUUCAUUGUCAUUCAUGGAUGUAGAUCUGGGAAAUCGAGGAGGAUUACAGACUUCCCGCCCACUGGAAAAUCUGGAAAAUGUAAAUUAGAUUACACCUAGAUUGUAGAUCAGGUUACAUGAGCCAUGUUGUCUCUCCCCCCCCCCCCCCCCAAGGCUAGUUCUGGCUUAGCCCUUUUGUGGCUCUCUUCAUAGACAUGUGUUCUCUUGCUGAGGAAACCUCAUUUUGAGACGACAGUACUUCAGUUUUAACAUGCUCAUUCUCCUGUCCCAUGCUUUAUAAUUGUGGCAGCAGUAAGUUGAGUGGUCUUGUACUCAGAAGGCUGUAUAUUGCCUUCUGGCACAUACCUGAGCUGAACAAGGCUGAGUAAAGCUGUCUCGGGAGUGCUGCAGAUGGAUUUCGCCCACACAACUCGGUGUGUCAUUCCUUGUAAUUGUUCAAGGUUUUGCUGCUGUUGUGAACUUUUUCAAUGUCAAAUUCAACAUGCCGGAACUCUUCCUCAUUUUUACACCCCUAUUCCCUCCUCUCUCCCACCUAGCAAAGGAUUUCCCUACAUUGUGUCAGAGCAGGAGAGAUACCCAAGGGGAGCAAAUUUCAAGUGAAUGAGGAAUUCAGGAUUUAAUCAAUGAGUGUGUCCUGUCGAAGCCGUUGCUAAAAGCUGCAUUGAAUUUCUCAUUUCUUUUUACUUCUGUCCUCUCUCAGGACAGGCAAGGACUUCCUGUUGUUACUUCAGAGCAAUGAAAAUACUAUAAAACAGCCUGCAGCAAGCAUAUAGCCUGUUAUCUUUUAAUGCUUUCUUGGGGGUCCAGGAUGCUGCUGAAUUUUUCAAACAAGGAUCCCUACUGUGUAGGGAUUUAGCUGUUCAUCUUGCUCAUUCCUUUCCAGGCUAUUGGGCUCCUUCAAGAGUUAGUAUGUGUAUCUAACAAGAUAACCUGCUUGUUAGUCUUCACCACACAAUACAUCUUCCUGCAUUCGCUUUUCCUACAAAAUGUCCCUACAGUCUUUUAUAUGUGAAAUAUUUUAACAAAGGUGUGUGCUGGGUUUUGAUGAUCCUGCAGUGAUGGGGAUGGAACACAGUUUGUUAGGCUUGCCACCUUAAAGGAAAGAGUGUCAUACUUAAAUGGCAACUGGUGUUUAAAUUAUAAAAAUCAGUACAAGUUAUCAUUCAUUAUCUGCAGGAGCCCAAGAGUUCCUGUUCCUUUAUAUAAGCAUAGAAAUCAGAUCAUUAGAUGAAAUCUGAUCUAACAAUCCAGGAUGACCCAUCUCUGCAAUGUGCACAUUGUAUGUAUGAUUGUACUAUUAAAUAGGUGCAUGGCAGGACUCUGAGAUGGCUCGUUCCUGAACUGGGAUUUGUGGAACAUCAGUGCCCGAGGAUAGAAACAUACUCUUGGACAAUUUUAAUGCCUUAUAUAAUUUUUUAUUAUAUAAAAUUAUGUAUUAUUAUAUGAAUAUGAUAUUAUAUAAUUUUGUGUGGCAGCCACAUUUGUAAUACAGUGGCCAACAUGUUGCACAAUGCAAUACUGUGUUUCCAACCUGCCGGCUGAAGGCUAACUCUGCUGUGUUGUGCAAGAGUGCAAGUUAUUAAAACAGCCCACAGGCACUUGUGUCAUGCUUCUUCCAUGUUUCCAGUGGAAGUAGGACUGUGCAACUGCCUGCCUGCUGUUCUGCAGUACCACUAGGACGGGCUUUCACACGCACAGCUGCCCCAGUGGGUCAGAAAUGCUGGGGUUGCAUUGUGUGACAUGGUAGCUGGUAGGGACUGGUGCACAGGUGGCUCAGGCAGCCGCCGGCAGGGUGGGGAGCAGUUCCUUUAAAAAGCCGGAGCUCCUUACCUCCUUCUCCACCGCCCUGCCACUUUUCUGGCGGUGAUGCCUGCUCUCCAAAAGGCUGCGUGUGGCGUGCGCACCGGCCAUGUGCAUGCCAAGGCUGCAGGGAACAGUGCCGAAGCUGCACACGACCUUUGGAGAGCAGACGCCACCGCCAGAAAAGCAGCGGGGUGGUGGAUGAGCAAGUGAGGCACUCCUUACCUGCUUUUUCAGGGAACUGCUCCCUGCCCUGCUGGACUGGCUCAAACACUGGCUCCUGAGCCAGUUCGGCGCUUCCCAGAGGGGGUAUUGAACCAGCUCGUGCACAUCCCUAUGGGGCGGUAUAUAGUCUUGGUGACUCAUCUCAAAAAGCAUAUUGUAGAAUUGAAAAGGUGCAAAGGGCAGUCAAAAGGACCAGUGGAUUGAAGUACCUUGAGAGGGGGCAUGAUAGAGGUUUAUGAAAAUGCAUGCUGAGGGGAAGGUGGAUAGAGAGAGAUUUUUCUCACUCAAACUAAAACACAGGAUCACUCAGUUCAUGAAGAUUUAAACUGAUGGAAUGAAAGGUUGAGUCAGAUAGCUAAAUAGAGCCUCCAGGUUCAGAGGCUGUGUGCUCACUGAAUGAAUGGAGGACAAAUUCAAGAGGGUUGUUUCCCUUCAUGUCCUGCUUAUAGGUUUCCCAGAAACCCAUACAGUGAAAAACAAAGAUCUGGUGUGAUCCAACAGGAUUCUUCAAAAGUUUAUAGUCCUCUCUUUACAUGUUACUCAGGAGAUGGAUCAUCCCUCUCAGGCCAGUGUCACCAAAAUAAGGUGAUGUAGUGAGUGGCAUGAAGUAGCAGUAUUUCUGCCUACCUUCAGCUUGACACCAAUGGCUGCGUAAGUCCAGCUUCCUCGCCCUCACAGCCAGCAAUCAACCACUGAGAAACAGAGGCUGUAGCCUAGCCCUUUUUAACUUCCUCCUGCUAGUAAGUAGGUGAAAUGAGGAAACCUGAAACUGGUGUGGAAAAGUGGGAGAGGAGAUGGUCCCCAGCAGUUUUGUAAAACUGCCUUACCAAAUGGUGAUGACACUGUCCUGUCCAAAAUGUUUUAUCUAUGAACUUUCCUAAGAACACGGCUGCAACUUCAUUACUUGUUUCCUGCCCUCCUGCUGAGGAACAUACAUGGAUUGAUCCUAUUUUUUUCUGUCCUGCUAAAGAAUAGAUGAGUUGAUCCUAUUUUCACUGAAGAACCACCCUGUAAGACUGGUUAGGCAUAUUAAAUAAUCUUUAUACUGAAGCAGACCAUUGGUCCAGCAAACGCAGUAUUGUGUGCUCCAGUUGGCAGUGACUCAGUAAGGGUCUUUCCUGUGAUCUUCUACCUAAGAUUCUCUUUGGUGGAAAUACUAGGCAUUGAUUAUUCUACAACUUUCUGCUCUAUCACUGAGCAUCUGUUCCUUCCCCAAAUACACUGAAGUUGUAUCCUGCCCAAGGCUGUCUAGCAAGCUGCAGGGAUUUGAAUUCAAUCUGGAUUGUUAUCAAGGUGAAUAUCACACCAGCUAAAUGGAUAUUGCUAAGUUUUAUCUCCAUGUUUCUUCCUCACAUAGGUUUGUCUCUUAAUCCUGACUAUCCAUUGUGUUCAGGAAAACCUCUGCUUAAUAGCCAGACAAAUCUCACCAUAGCAUUUUUCUAACUCUAUGGGAGAGGAGUGUAGAACCAGUUUUUACUGUGAUGUGUCCAGGGAGUCAAACUAAGCCAAAACCCCAAAUCUGGUUCAGAGGGUUCCCUCCGCUCCCCACCCCUAGUGACACAAGUGAACCCAAACCUAAAAUCUUUUGAUUGUAUUGAACCAAACAUAAAGUGGUCACUGGCUCAAAAUACUGUAUUUACCUGAAUCAGAGUAGUUUUUUUCCAAGUUUUUAUUUUAGAAAUCGGGAGGUCAUCUUAAAUUCAAAGUCCUGUUCCUUUUGAGUAAAUGCAGGUAUAACAUGUAUUUAAUCUCUACUUUUAAAGGAGGUCAUCUUAAAUUCAGAGUCUUUGAUUUGGGUAAAUGCAGGUAAGUGCAUGAGUAACUAAUUGCUCAGCUUUCAGCUGUAUGAUUAAUGUUUUUUUUUUAGUCCUGUUGUAUGUGUUAACUCUGUUAAAUUCACAAUAAACAGUUUUUAAAAACA